CGCGGGGCGAGGCCGGGCGUGCGGACGGGCGCGUGUGCAGAGCCGAGGCCGGUCCGCCCCGCCUCGGAGCCCUGGGCCCGGGUGGGGAGAAUCGCUAGCCCGGUCUAUGUCUUUUUCUGACUCCAGUGCAACCUUCCUGCUGAACGAGGGUUCAGCUGACUCCUACACUAGCCGCCCAUCUCUGGACUCCGACGUCUCCCUGGAGGAAGACCGGGAGAGUGCCCGGCGUGAAGUGGAGAGCCAGGCCCAGCAGCAGCUUGAGAGGGCCAAGCACAAACCUGUGGCAUUUGCUGUGAGGACCAAUGUCAGCUACUGUGGCGUGCUGGAUGAGGAGUGCCCCGUACAGGGCUCUGGAGUCAACUUUGAGGCCAAAGAUUUUCUGCACAUUAAAGAGAAGUACAGCAAUGACUGGUGGAUCGGGAGGCUAGUCAAAGAGGGUGGGGAUAUCGCCUUCAUCCCCAGCCCCCAGCGCCUGGAGAGCAUCCGGCUCAAACAAGAGCAGAAGGCCAGGAGAUCUGGGAACCCUUCUAGCCUGAGCGACAUUGGCAGCCGGCGCUCCCCUCCUCCAUCUCUAGCCAAGCAGAAGCAAAAGCAGGCAGAACAUGUACCCCCGUACGACGUGGUACCCUCCAUGCGGCCCGUGGUGCUGGUAGGACCCUCUCUAAAAGGUUAUGAGGUCACGGACAUGAUGCAGAAGGCUCUCUUCGACUUCCUCAAACACCGCUUUGAUGGCAGGAUCUCCAUCACCCGUGUCACAGCUGACCUCUCUCUGGCCAAGCGAUCCGUGCUCAACAACCCUGGCAAGAGAACCAUCAUCGAGCGCUCCUCGGCCCGCUCCAGCAUUGCUGAGGUACAGAGCGAGAUCGAGCGCAUAUUCGAGCUGGCCAAGUCCCUGCAGCUCGUCGUCCUCGAUGCAGACACUAUCAACCACCCUGCGCAGCUGGCCAAGACCUCGCUGGCCCCCAUCAUCGUGUUCGUCAAAGUGUCCUCCCCGAAGGUCCUGCAGCGGCUCAUCCGCUCCCGGGGAAAGUCCCAGAUGAAGCACCUGACUGUGCAGAUGAUGGCGUAUGACAAGCUGGUGCAGUGCCCUCCGGAAUCCUUUGAUGUGAUUCUGGAUGAGAACCAGCUGGAGGACGCCUGCGAGCACCUGGCUGAGUACCUGGAGGUCUACUGGCGAGCCACACACCACCCAGCACCUGGGCCCGGACCUCUGGGCCCACCCAGUGCCAUCGCUGGGCUCCAGAACCAGCAGCUGCUGGGAGAGCGGGGUGAGGAGCACUCCCCGCUGGAGCGGGACAGCUUGAUGCCCUCAGACGAGGCCAGUGAGAGCUCCCGUCAGGCCUGGACGGGCUCUUCACAGCGGAGCUCACACCACCUAGAAGAGGACUACACAGACGCCUACCACGACCUGUACCAGCCUCACCGCCAGCACACCUCGGGACUGCCCAGUGCAAAUGGGCAUGAUCCCCAAGACCGGCUCCUAGCCCAGGACUCGGAGCACAAUCACAGUGACCGGAACUGGCAGCGCAACCGGCCUUGGCCCAAGGAUAGCUACUGACAGCGUCCUGCUGCCCUGGCAGGCACAGGCAGAGCUGGCUGGGACACCCACUCCAGGCAGGUUGGGAUUAGACUGCCAUUAGGCUGCCACUAGACUUGGCUCCCACAAUCCCCUGCCAAGCCCCAGCUCCUGGGUUGCCUGUGGUCCCCCGGUUCCAGGAAGCAGGGCCCCCAACCUCCUGAGCACAGUGACCCCCUAGGUUCUACCCCAGGUACUAGCUGUGUGUUCUGCACCCUGGCGCCUCCUUUGCCUCCUGCACAAGCUGCCACACUGGGUAGCGCCCUCAGGCUGGGACCCCGUAGCAGGGCCCUCCCAUGAUACUCAGGGAAGGGACCCCUAGAGUAGCCGGAGGGUGGGGUGUGGGUGCCAUGAACCAAGGAGGAAAAAAGGCUCCCAGGCAGGCCCGACCCCAGUAGUCGGGCUCGGGACUGUGCUCUGGGCUCCAAUGGCCUCUAUACUCACCUCACUUCCACAUAUCAGAAAUGAGACAAUCAAAGCCCAGCAGCUGGCACCUCCACUGUGGCGGGAGAGCAGCCCUACGCACGGCUGAACAGCAUAGGCAAGGCCAGGCUAGAGACUGCUGCAGCCCGACUUGCACAAAAGGGCCCCUUGCCUGGCUGGCAAGCUUAGCUUCAGGACGUGGGGGACUGAGCGUCCUGGGCUGGGAGCUUGGGAAGCAGAGUGCUUUUAGGGCCUCACACUUCCCUCUUAGGCCCUUGCAUCCGCCAUUUCUAUUCCUGCCCUCAGGCCUCCUGGAAGAUAGGCGCUCAGGCUUUCUUCCCUGCCUCCUGGCUGCUUGUUAGGUUAGGGAUAGAUGGGGAGUCACACCGGGCAUCCACCUGGCUCCCCUUGUCUAUGGCUCUAGUGUGUGACCUACAGAGCAUGCUCCACAGGACCCUGCCCCAGCUCACCUCAUCACCAAUAAAUCACCAUGCACCGUUCCUCAGGUGUGUGUUCUGAGCCUACCAGCGUGGGGAACCAGGUUUCCGGCUACGUAGCCCACACCUGGUGAAAAUAAAGACGUAUCC